AUGUUGAAGGCCGCCACGACUCGAUCACGGAUAUGCUCGAGAUGCAUCCGCCGCCAGCAACAGCAGCCUUUUCGACGACCUUAUUCCGUCGCAUCGGCCUCUCCCCUCCAUACAUAUGACCCACGCGAUGUAUUACAUACAUCCGCUCCAGGAGCAGUACACGAUGACAAGAUCUUGCGUCAGAUUUUCGAUUCUCCGAGCUUUUGGAAGGACUUUUCACAGCAUUCGAAAGCCGCAUACGAAGGCCCAAACUAUGGCCUCUUCCAGAACAAAUACCUGACGAGCCCUCAAGGGUUCGAGGUUUUUGCACAAGCGAGUCUCAAAAGAGCAAGGCGGAUCGUGGACGAGGUUCGAGCGGCGAAGACGAAGGAAGAAUAUCAGGCGAUGGUGCGGAAGUUGGACAGGCUCAGUGAUUUGUUGUGCAGAGUGAUAGACCUCUCAGACUUCGUCCGGUCGACGCAUCCCAAUCCAGAAAUACAAGCGGCAGCUACAAAUGCUCACGGCAUGAUGUACGAAUACAUGAAUGUCUUGAAUGUGGAAACUCGUCUGGCUGAGCAGUUGCGGGUGGCGAUGAAGGAUCACCAAGCGGGAUGGGGAGAACCCGAGAAGAUGGUUGCUCACAUCCUGGAGAAUGACUUUGAGAAAUCCGGAAUAUAUUUACCCAAAGCCCAGAAACAACGAUUUGUGGCGUUAUCACAGGAGAUUGAAAGCAUUGGGUUUAGUUUUACUGAUACCAUGACCCCUGUAAAGGACUAUAUUUCUUUCAAGGCCAACCAGUUGACGGGGAUAAAUCCAUUAUUGCUUCAGCAAUUCAGUAGUGGAUGGGGAAACGUCACGAUACCUACAGUUGGUUGGCCAUCGGUCAUGGCCUUGCAGACUGUCAAGAAUCCCGACGUACGAAAGGAUAUUUACAAGGCCACUCGUACGGCUUCCCAGAGAACCAUAAGAAAGCUAGAAUCAUUUCUGAAGAGGCGCGCGGAAUUGGCCAAGCUUGUAGAUUUUGAAAGUUAUGGCCAUAGAGCUCUUGACUUUAAGAUGGCUGGAAAUCCCGAAAAUGUCCAAACAUUCUUGCGAAAUCUAAAUUACCGUCACAAUAAAGCAGUGGCAGCGCAAUUUGCAGAACUUCAGGCAGCCAAAUCAAUGGAUGCUCAACCCAGAGUUUCUGUUCUACAACCAUGGGACAAGGAUUAUUAUAUGGCUCAAAUACUUCAAAAAAAUCACUCCAAGAAGCGAAGGCCUGAUUUUCUCCAUUCGUACUUUUCCCUUGGCACUGUGAUGCAGGGUCUCUCAAGACUUUUUUCGAGACUGUAUGGUAUACGUCUUGUGCCCAAAGAAACGCUACGCGGGGAGACUUGGAACCCAGAUGUCCGAAGGUUAGAUGUUAUAUCUGAGACUGAAGGCCGAGUUGCUGUUUUGUAUUGCGAUCUGUUUGCUCGUCCGGGGAAAUCUCCCAAUCCUGCACAUUUCACACUCCGUUGUUCGAGAUGGAUCAGCGAUGAAGAGAUCGAUGAAUGCCGGGCAGAGCCUGAUUCGCUCUUUGCAACCCCAGAAGAAGCAGCAACUGAUGGCAUGGCCACUUCCACAGAAGGCAAACCAGGAGGGAUAAUGCAACUCCCUACCAUUGCUCUGAUUUGCGAUUUUGCAGUUUCGGAAUCACAAAAACCCGCCUUUUUAACCUUCACCGAAGUGACAACUCUCUUCCAUGAGAUGGGUCACGCUAUCCAUUCAAUCCUCGGCCGAACAGAAUUCCAGAAUAUUUCUGGAACUCGAGUAGCAUCCGACUUUGCUGAACUCCCUUCAAUAUUAAUGGAGCACUUUGCUGCUGAUGAAACCGUCCUAUCAAUGUUCGCACGCCACUACGAAACAGACGAACCACUACCCUACGAGAUGGUUUCCGAACAACUAGCCAUCGACCAAAAACUCGAAGCCUUUGACGUAAACAACCAGAUCAUUCUCUCUCUCCUCGACCAAGCUCUCCACUCAGACCAAGCCCUGCAUCCAUCUUUCAACAGCACAGAAAUCUACCAUGAUCUGCAGAGACUUUACUCACUCCUUCCUCCUGAUCCCAAAAAUACCUGUUGGCAAGGCUUCUUCGGCCAUCUGUAUGGAUAUGGCGGUAUGUAUUAUAGUUACCUGUUCGAUCGGGCGCUUGCUAGACGGGUUUGGAAGACGAUAUUUAAAUCCGGGGAAGAUGGCGGAUCGGUGAGUAGGGAGAACGGGGAGAGGUUUAAGGAGCAUGUUUUGAGUGUUGGUGGUGGACGGGAUCCUUGGGAUUGUUUGGCGGAUGCGAUGGGCGAUGAGAGGUUGAGCUCUGGGGCUGAUUCAAGGUCGAGAUUGGAUCUCGUUGGGAGUUGGGGGUUGAGGGGGAAGUGA